GAAAAAAAAAAAAUUUAUAGGAAAAAAAGUUAAAAUAAUAUAUAAAAAUUAAAAUUAAAUAAAAAUAUUUUCUUUUUUUGUUUUUAAUAUAUUUCACAUCCUCCAAAAACCCAGAUAGAAGUAAUUAUUAAAUGCUCCCAAAAAAAAAAAAAAAAAAAAAAAAAAAAACCAAAGGCAUAGAGGAAGAAGCAAGGUACAAUAUUAGAAUAAUGGCAGACCACAAGUUGACAAAUUUGAAGUCAUUGUUCUUGAAGAAGUAGUCAUGUGUUGCUUUUUGUGUAGGGAAAGAUCUUCUAACUGUGAUGUGGGAUCUCUCACUAUUUUUCUUUCUCUCUCUCUAUAUUUUUUCUCACAGAUUCUGCCCAGAAGAUCUCAAUUUUUCUGUAUAUUCUUUUGGCUCGGGAUGAUCUAAUUCUAAGUCAUCCUUCUCUUCAAUGCUACUUCUGAGGAAUGGGAACUGAAGUUCAGUCAAAGAUGUAUCUACCAGGAUGUUACUCCAUGAAGGAUUUAAGUAACAGUGCCAGCUAUGGUGGCUGGUCUUUGCAUCAUGAAAGCAAACCGUUGAAAAAUGGGCAACACUAUGACAUAUUCUUGACAAGACCAAUAGUUGAUGGUUUUGAUUUUGAUGGAUACAAUAAAGAACAACUGAGGCAGACUAUAAUGAAGCAUGAAUCCAUAUUUAGACAUCAGGUUCGUGAACUCCACCGUCUUUACAAAAUACAGAGGGACUUGAUGAAUGAAAUCAAAAGCAAAGAAAGAGCCAGACAAUCAAUACCCACAGGAAUGUCAAAAUCAAGUUUGUUUUCAUCUGGUUUUCCAUCUGUGGAUGAUAAAAGAAGUUGGGACUUCUCUAAAUUACCCUCGGCCAGUUCCAAUUAUGGUUCAAGCACUGAUUUCAUUCAAUCUCACUGUAAUUCCAUGGUGAAAGGGAAAAUCACACAAUCCAGUUUUGGUCCUAUGCAAAAUGGUGUGAGGUUGAAGGAUUAUGAACCUUUGGAUUCCAAAUCCAGUAAGUUUGAAAGAAGAUUGUUUGAUCUUGAACGUCCAGCGCAUGAGUACAUCAAUGAUGAUGAUUUGCAAGGAGAUUCUGAAAUGUCAAGAGCUGCCGGAUGUCAAUUUAACAAGAGUAACGUGGCUACUCAUGCUACAGAUGACAAUCUGUCUAAUCAUACUUGUGAUAACUCUGGUUAUAGUGGUCAUCCUUUGAAAUCGAGUUUGUAUUCAAGGAGAGCACUAAACUUCACUGAUUUGAAUGAACCCAUUGAGGUUGAGGAAGUGUGUGCAUCAGCUUCUGUUACUAGUCUACGCAAUGAGACCUGCUUGAAAGGGGAAAUACAAAGGCAAUCUACAUCUACAAAUGCACAUAUAGGAACAUGGUCCUCUGAAACUAGAAAGGAUGAAGGACUUAGCAUUCUGCAUGUAAUGAACAAAGGGAGCCAAAAAGAAUGGUCAUCUUAUACUUCUGAAACUGAGCAAAUCAGAAGCAAGAGAAGUUAUUUUGAUGGAAGUUUUCAUCUUGAAGAUUAUCAGGAGCCAUUGGAAUCAUCAAGAAGUAAAGCUAAAGCAAGUGACCUUGUUAUGAGUUUCCCUGCUGUUCAGAAUACAACAGAGAAACAGAUGAAGAGGACAAUUUUUGGUGUAGAAAUCUCUGAAACAAAUAAUGAUUCAUCUACUAUGGCUCCAAAAAGACAUGUGUUGCAGAAUACACUUGUUCCUCAGUCUGAGGCAGCUAACUCUGAUUCAUCCACAAUUUCAUCUUGGACGAGACCUCCAGUUAGUAUGAACCAGACAUCAAUUUCAGUUCAAGGGCAAGCUGACUUUAGUACCUCUAGUUCAAUAUCAUUAAUGCAGAUUCCUCAAGUUAUUGGAGACAGGUCGCUUGUAACAACUAAUUCAGGAUCAAUUCCUAAUUUAAAAGCUGAAGUUUCCUAUCAAGAUAGUGAUCGUGUUGCUACGCAGUCCAGAACCAACCAAUUACAGGCUUGUCAUUCCUCAAUCAGCUUUGGGUUUCCAAAUGGCAUCACAGACCACAAUUCUUCUUCUGAACAAAUUGGAACGGGCCCUCGAGGAUACUUUUGGGGUCUGGGUUGCAUGACAGAUCCAAAAUCUAUGAAGACUUGCAAAGAAAAUGUUGUUUCAGUCAAUGAGCAAAGGAAUCAGAAGAGCCCAUAUGGGGCAUUGUCUUGGCUCAGAGCAGUGACUCCUUGUGAUGGAAAAUCUUGCAAAGAUGAAGCUGAAGGAACUCAACAAAUAAAAAUAAAUUCUUUGCAAAACUAUUCUCAACACUUCAUCAGUCAAACUGAUACAAGGAGGGCUCCCUCACAAUCUUCUAUCAUAGGUUCUGCAUCAACAGCACUGGGCCAUGAUACUGAGAGCAGAAGAGUUGAAAAAAAUGACUGCUCAAGCAUGACAAUGAUACUUGGUUUUCCCAUAUUUGACUCCCCCACAAAACCUGGAUGUGUGGAUUCUGUCAUAGCUAAUGGUAACCAUGUUAAAAUUGCAUCGGUUAAAAGUGAUUUGGCUUGUGAUCAAGUGUCAUCCAGAUCUACCGAGCAACUAAAAGUUGAAGGCUUGGAUGUGGCAAAGGAAUUGGUCAACGACAGAAGUAAUUUAAGAAAUCAGAUUGACUUAAAUAUAAGUACAGCUGAAGAAGAGGGUCAACCAACACCCACUUCUCCAAUUGCGAAGAAUAAAACUCAGAUAGAUUUGGAGGCAGCAGUUGAAACAGAAAUAGCCACUUCUCCUGGGAGAGACUCUUUGGAAAAGAAAUGCAACGAACCUUUAGACUUGACGGUGCUUGAAUUCGGGCAGCCUAGUGAAGGGCUCAUGGUGGUUGCAGCUGAGGCUCUAGUUGCCAUUUCAUCUUCUCGUAGGCAUGAUUUGCAAGAUAAUGCUUCACAUGAUCUUCAAGAAAAUGGAAGUUGUCACCAAUCAGAGGCUUCACCAAGUGACUCACUGCUUUGGUUUGCUGACAUAGUUUCUUCGUACAAGGGUGAAAGUGAGAAUGAGACACGAAUGGGCAAGGAGAGUGCCCGUGAUGAAGAGUCCAUUCCUGAUGGCAUCGAUUACUUUGAGUACAUGACAUUGAACUUAACAGAAACCAAGGUAGAGGAUAUCUGUUAUGAGCAUCAGAAUUUGGAUAACCCAGAAGAAGAAGAAGACCCAUUACCAAGACGACCUCGAAAAGGUCAGUCAAGAAGAGGGAGGCAGAGGAAGGAUUUCCAAAGAGAUAUACUUCCCAGUAUCGCUUCUUUAUCGAGGAAUGAGGUGACUGAGGAUCUUCAAAUAAUUGAAGGGAUAAUUAGAGCUACCGGUGGUACUUGGCAGUCGAGUUUGACAACUCGAAAUGCCGGUAAGAGUGGCAGGGGAAGGGGGAGGAGGAGAGCAAGAUGUUCUGCUCCCUCGUCUCCGGUGGCUGUGGUUUGCGAGCCACAGGUUCAGCAAUCUAAUUGUAGAGAGGCGGAAGGGGAGGAAAGGAGCCUUGUAAGAUGGGGAAAGAGGACAAGGCGUCCCCCGAGACUGAGAUAUUCUCUUAAUAAUCCUCCUGUUCUUCUAAAAUAACCAGAGCCUUUUUUUGCUUUUUAUGAUAUUGGAAGAGAGAAUUCGAGUAGGAGUUAUCAUGGAGCUCCAGUCCAGUCGGAUUCCUAAAACCAAGGAGUUUCUUCCUUGUAAAUUGCCUACCCAUGAUUUGGAUUCCCUUUAUUUUUCUGUAUUCUGAGUGUACUUUGUAUGAUUCAUACUAAAUAAGUUGUGUAGUUCCUUGCACAAGAGUUUGUUAAGCCCAUGGUAAACGUAAUUAGAAACUUCUUGUGAAAACUUGGGGAAUCCUUAUUAAGAGGGAUGUAUUCAAUUUAAA